UCCUAUCUCUCAAAAAAAAGUCAAUCCAAACUUUUAAGCACAAAAAAAUCACUGUACAAUUUUGUAAUGACAUACUGAGUUGUCUGUCACCCACAAGUCAAAAUUCAUCGUAGAAAAGUCAGUAAAUUAUGGAUUCCUGCGACAAUGAGGUGCUAAUUGAUCUUUCUCCGGUCAUUCGCGUCUUCAAAGACGGCCGGAUUGAACGUAUUUUCCGCUCACCUCACGUUCCUCCGUCACCGGAAGAUUCCGCUACCGGCGUUUCCUCCAAAGACGUCACCAUUUCAUUAGACCUCAAAGCCAGAAUCUUUCUCCCAAAGCUCUCAAGAAUCACUGCUAAUAAUCAAAAGCUCCCUAUCUUAGUGUAUUUUCACGGCGGCGGUUUUUGUGUUGGGUCCACUUUCUCUUUCCUCUCCCAACGUUACCUUAACCUCUUAUGUUCCGAAUCUACCGCUAUUAUUCUCUCUGUAGAAUAUCCACUUGUUCCAGAGCAUCCUUUUUCUGCAAUUUUCGAAGAUUCUUGGAAAGCUCUUCAAUGGGUUGCCUCUCAUGUUCUUGAAAACCCCAAAAUCGAAAAAGAACCAUGGUUAAUUGACCAUGGAGAUUUCAAGAAAUUCUUCGUCGGCGGCGACAGUGCCGGAGGUAACAUAGCUCACCAUUUGGUGCUUAGAGCUGGAAUUGAGGAAUUGAAUGGUAAAGUUAAAAUCUUGGGUGGGAUUCUUUCUUUCCCAUACUUUCUAUCGUCGAGCGAAAACAGGGGAGAUAGUUUGUUAAGUAAGAUUUGGGUGUUUGUAAAUCCGUCAUCUGAGAAUGGAAUUGAUGAUCCAAAGAUUAAUCCUUUAGUUGAAAAAGCUUCAAGAUUGGCAGAGUUGGGUUGUUUGAAGAUGUUAGUGUGUGUAGCAGAGAAAGAUGAGCUGAGAAAUUUGGGGAUUUGUUAUGCAGAAGCUGUGGAGAAAAGUGGGAAAUUAGUAGAGGUGGUUGAUAUUGAAGGAGAAGGACAUUGCUUUCAGAUUUUGAAUCCUGAGAGUGACAAAGCCAAAAAUUUGAUAAAGUGUAUUGCUGAUUUUAUCAAACUGUCAAGUGUAUAACUGUGUUUAUGUAUUUUUGGCUUAAUAUUUCUUUGUGUAUAGCCAACAAACUGAGCUACUAAGAUUCUCCUAUUGUUCUGUUAAUUUACAAAUUAUUGAAGAAAUUUUAAACCUCGAGCUCUCUUGAACACCUUGAUUUGAGCUAGAACAAGCUAAAAGGGAAAAAUCCCAGUGCAACUUGAUAAUCUUAGAAAUCUAGCUCGUGGGCCUAGAUUUGAGCUACAACAAGUUGUUCUUGUUAUCAUGUUACUAGUACUUUGGAUCUCCCCCAUACUUUGUUGCCCCAAAAUGGAAUAAACACAACUCUUUGUUGGGAAUUGAUGGAUUUCUUUGGUGUAAAUCUAAGAUUUAUGAGU